AUGGCCCACGAUACCCAACACUGUUCCUUCGUGCUAGUGGCCGACUUUGACAUCGACCGCGGCGCACAGCUGACGUAUCAAUUCCCUCAACCUCUCGGAACAGAUGAGGGGCUUCUGGCGAAUCUUAUGCUUCCCGAUGGAGCGGAGAGGCAGCCCGCGGAUUGGACCGUCUUCUUUCUGAACCAGACGCCGUUCAACACUAUCCAACCCGUACUUGCCUUGGACAACGAUGAUGAUGGGGCUGCGGAUGAGGAGGGCUCCAAGAUGCUGUACGUGAUCAAUCUGGUGCGGACAAAGCUGGAUAAGACGGCGCGGAGAGGUGCCGUUGUGAAAGCGAUGGCCAUUUGCACACGGUAUCCCUUUGUCCAAAUCUUCAAGCCGGUCUUGCUCCUUGCGCUUGACGACUACUUCAUGAACCCUUCCCAAGACUGCCUCGCCCGCCUCUUCGACGCCGUCAACGCGAUGGACUUCAGCAAGAUGCCGAUCCUCACGCGAUUCGAGAAGCUCAUCAUGCGCCACUCCGAGCGGCAGGACCUCCACAUUGGCCGGUACGAGGACGGCUCACCCUUUGGCGGAGACCCGGGGACCGCCACGCAUCAGCAGCAGCAGCCCCAGACGUCGACGUUUCCCUCGACCGGACGCCCCACGCACAGGACGACCAACUCGGGCGACUCGCGUGUCAGCUUUGACGAGGGCCUGCGCGGACGCGCGGGCAACAACGGCACGAGUGCGAGCUACAAGUCGGCGAACCAGAUGCGGAGCCCGACGUCGCCGUCCGAGGCGUCGUUCUCGCUCGACGGGAGCGCAGUGUGGGUCGGGGACGAGAGCGGGCUGGACCAGAUGGGCUUCGUGGCGACCGCGACGGCCGCGGCGGCGAGCGCGAGCAGCAGCAGCAUAUCGAGUGCGGCGGGGAGGGGGAGGAGGUCGACGGACGCGUCGUCGUCUUCGUCGCACGGUGCGUAUGUGCGGCCGGAGGGGGCGCAAUCGCUCACGGGUGCCGCGAGUGUCGCGUUGAAGGACUCGCAUUUCUAUCAUACCGCGAUCAACUACAACGAGCACCUGCUGCCGGUGAAGGUUCCUUUGUCGACCUUUCCGGAGGAGGUUGGCGAGGGAUCCUUGACCCUGCUCUGUACUACCUUCUCCCCUACUAUCACGACUAUGACGGGCCCACUCCACCCCCACCUACAUACGAACGGCAUGCUGACACCUCCAGUGAUCGUUCUUUUCAACGCACUCAUCACGGGGAAACGCAUCAUCUUCCUCGGGCAUCAGAAGCUCGCGGAGAACGUCUCCAACCACGUCCUCGCAGCUUGUGCUCUCGGUUCCGGCUGCGGCGUCGUUCUCAGGGGCUUCAUCAAGCGCGCAUUCCCGUACGCUACUCUCAUCAACCGCGAGCAGUGGGAAAGCGUUCCUGGAUACAUCGCCGGGGUGACGAACCCAAUCUUCGAGGACGUCGGCUCCUGGGAUCUGCUAUGCGAUAUCAGCACGAACCGCAUGGUGGUGCACAAGGACAUAUAUGUGAAUCAUCCCGCGACGUGGACACCGAGCUCGAAUCAGCUCAUCUUCCGCACUGGGACCAUCAAGGCGGAGAGCUCCGUCGGGACCGAGGAAGACGUCGUCCGCGUGCAGACGAAGGAGGGGGCGCAGCAGAAGCCCGAGCUGACGGCGCGCCCGGACAGCGCGGACAACGUCUUCGUCGAGGACAUCUUGAGCGCGAUCGCGUCCCACUACUCCGAAGCGCACAUCCGCGCGAAGUUCACAGAGUACGCGAUGCGCUUCGUGCGCGUCGCAUCGCUGUACGAGGAGGAGAUAACGGGCUCAACGACCAUCGGGUAUCCGUCACACCCGUACAUAGAACGCCCAGGGGAGAAGCCGCGAUUGGGUAGCGGCGUGUACUUCUCGGAUGAGGUUGCGGGCGCAAAGGAGCUCGCUAUGAACGCGGGCCGGAUUGAGGGGUGGCGGAGGACGGAGUGCUAUAGGCUCUUGCAGGCGGACUGGCAACAUGAACUGGCGACGAAGCCGAUCCAGGGCUUUGACUUGUUGCACCAGCUGGCGCGUCUGCGGUAUGCGAAGGUCAUAUCGGACGCUGAGGCUGAGCUGAUCUUCCGUUCGAUUGCGGAGAACCUGCGCACGUACGAGCAGGUCACAGAGCUCCUGGCCUGGCUUCCUCCCCACCUCCACGGCCUGCAGCCACUCAGCUUCGGCCUCUUCCAUCAACAGGAGGCCGUUCGCGAGCUUGCAGUCGACCUCUUUAACGAGCUCCGUGCCCAUCCCAUUGGGGUGCAGUUCCUGCAGGCGCUGAACCACUUCCAACGAUACGCCUACGUCCGGCAAGCGCAUGCGCGCGAAAUGCGCAUGAAGGAUACCAAUUCUCUCACGAUACCCCAUUCUGCGUACAUGUCCCGCACGCCUUCAAAUCGUAGCGAGUCUAGUCUAUGA